AGGGCAGCAAGACAGGCAACAACAACAAGAGAAUUAGCAGCAGCAGCAGUGGCGGCGGCCAGUGAGAAGAGCUUGUUGUUGCUUGCGCUCUUUGGAAAUAGACUAGAAAUACGUAUACAUAUAUAUGUACAUACCCACGCAAACAUAUAUACCUAUAUAUAUAUGUGUAUAUAUAUAUAUAUAUAUACAUACAUAUACAAUUAAAUGAUAUAAUGUAAUAUAUAUAUAUAUACAUACAUACAAACAAAACAAACUGCACAUAUAUAAAUAUAUGUAUAUUUAUAAACAUAUCUACAUAAAUAUACUCAAACAUAUAUGUAUAUAUAUAUACCCAUGCCUAUGUAGGAAGGAAAGUACCUUGUGUGUAUUAACAAGCGACGCAGCAGACCGUUUAUAUUGUACUUAUUCCACACAUGUGCUGGGUUUAUAGCACGGCCAAGAACGUCCAUCAUCGUCAUUCACUUCCUCUUCAUCACUAUUAUUAUUAUUAUUAUUAUCAUAAUCAUUAUCGUUGCUGUUUUACAUUCUGUCAAUGCAUCCCGGAGUAUGUCGCUUGCUGCAUCUUACUGUUGUUAUUAUUAUUAUUACUACCAUCCUUAUUCGUGACAUCGCCGCAUCAUCAUCAUCAUCAUCAUCAUCAUCACUGUCCGCAUCUUAUUCAUCCUUAUCUUCAUCGUUUUCGUACUCAUCAGCGUUAUCAUCGUCAAUGCCACCUCUGCAAGUGUAACCACCACCACCAUCCUUUAUCAACAUGAAAAAAAGCAACAGUAUUAUGACAAUACGAUUAUAGUAAAAGAAAAUUCAUCGAGAAGAGAAAGCAAAAUACGUGUAUAUAUAUAUAUAUACACACACACACACAUAUAUAUAUAUAUAUAUAUAUCUUACCAUCGUCGUCAUAUUUCAAAAAUCUUUGCUAGCCAAAUCGGAUAUAUAUGAAAACUAUCUGCUUACAUUUUGAAAAAAGUAAAUUUUUUUAGUGAUAUACGAAGUAACCUUUUCUACAUCUUUCAGUUUUUCAACACAUUUUUACUCGUACACACUUUUUUAUAAUUUUUUCCCCCUUUUUGUUUGCUUCCAAAUUUCCGCCCUCUUUCUCUUAAAUCCAACAAGCCCCAAUUUACUCUGUGUGGUUGUGUGUGUGCGUGUAUAUAUAUAUAUAUACACGAACGUACAUACACGUGUGUUCUGCUCUUGGAUUUACAAAUGUAUAUAUAUUAAAAAAAAAAAAUCGCUGUCUUUUAAAAAGAGGAUUUAAACCAAAUAUCAUUCAACGUUAAACUUUUUAAAACAAAAAAUGGAUAUAUAUAAAAGAGAAAGAGGAAUUACCUUCCGGUUAUUAAUAUUUUUAUCAUCGUCAUAAAUUUAGCACACAAAACAAAAAUACUUUGCAGUGUUUAAAUUGUUUCAUUCUCCCAGAUAUUUUUUCUCUUUUGUUGGGGGAAAAGAGAAUUUAUCGUAAAAACAAACCUUCAGCUCUCCCUCCAACGUAAAAAUUACAUCAAAAAAUAUUUUAAAAGGGGAAAAACGUGAGAAAAAAAUUAAAUUAGCGAAAGACAAAAAAAUAUGACCCUUCUCGCACAUAAACACAUUUAUUCACAUAUAUACAAACACAUACGCAGACGCAAAUAUUGAAGUACUAAAUAGCACAACAAACAAUAUUUAACCAUGUGGAGCAUUUUACAUGCAUAUCAAUAUUCUAAAGUUGGACCUACUAUUCCUUAUCCAAAAGCUACUUACAGCCAACAACACAGUAGCUUGAACCCUGCACUCCGCGCUCGUUUCGAUGAAGAGAUUGACCGUUUAUACAACGUGGCUCCGGACAGGUCAGUCUUUGAGGACUCUAACAGUAUGGAGCCGGUGUCGAACCACUAUCCGUCGGUGGAAUCACGGCAGCUCUCGGCAAACUCUGCUGAGGCCAUAAAAAGUCGCAAGAACAAAGAAGACAAAUACUGCGGAGUCUGUGGGGACCGAGCUCUUGGUUACAACUUUGAUGCCAUCUCCUGUGAAUCAUGCAAGGCUUUCUUCCGGAGAAAUGCCCCAAAGGGCUUGGAUUAUUUCAAAUGCCCUUACGAAGAAAAAUGCAAAAUGGAUGUGUCCAAUCGGCGAUUUUGUAAAAAAUGCCGGCUACGAAAAUGUUUUGAAAUAGGAAUGAGAAAAGAAUAUAUUCUUACAGAAGAAGAAAAAAUGCGGAAAAGACAAAGAAUUGAGGAAAAUAGGUACGUACGUCCAUAGCAUUGUUCACGCUUG